AUGAAAAGAAACGCUGUCACAGUGUACCAGGUGGCCUACGUCAUCGUGAAGAGCGCCGUGUCCCCUCGUCCGGGCAACUGGAUCCUUGAGCGGUCUCUGGACGGCCGUCGCUUCGAGCCCUGGCAGUACUACGCCCUCACCGACGCCGAGUGCCUGUCCUUCUACGGCGUCCAGCCCACCCGCGGACGUCCCUCGUACGCCACCGACACGCAGGUCAUCUGUACCUCCUACUUCUCCAGGCUGAACCCACUCGAGGGCGGCGAGGUCCACACCUCCCUCGUGAACGGCCGCCCGGGCUCCGCCGGACCCUCGGAGGCCCUCAGGCAGUUCACGGAGGCUCGCUACGUCCGCCUGCGCCUCCAGAAGAUCCGCACGCUCCACGGGGACCUCCAGGGGCGCUCCUCGCAGACAGACGCCUCCGUCACCAAGCGGUAUUUCUACUCCAUCAAGGACAUCAGCAUCGGCGGGCAGUGCGUGUGCCACGGACACGCCGGCAACUGCAUUUCCGACGACGAGAAUGAGAAGCUGGCCCGAUGCUCCUGCGUUCACAACACCUGCGGCGACAACUGCGACUCGUGCUGCCCUCUGUACAACCAGCAGCCGUGGCGCGCCGGGAACUUCAGCGACGGGGGCGUGUGCGAGAAGUGCCAGUGCCACGGACACGCCCAGGCCUGUCGCUAUGACGAGGAGGUCGCUCGGCAGAGGCUGUCGCUUAAUAUGAGGUCGACCACUCUGAACACGCACUCUGAGCACCCAUUUGAACACCCUCUGAAACCUGAUGACACCCACUCUGAUUGA